AUGCAGGUGGACAAGGACGUGCAGGGCGGCGAUGCGGAGGAGAGGGAGGAGCCCGGGCGUCAGCCGGGGUUGGACCCGGUGAUGGCGGGCCUGAGGCAGCAGAACGCGCGGGAGGCGCAGCAGCGGGAGCCGGCGCCGAAGUCCCUGGAGCUGUCCAGCACUCAGAGCCGCCACCGGACCGCAGCGCAGCAGCAGCCCGCCAUGCAGCAGCAGCAGCCCGCCAUGCAGCAGCAGCAGCAGCAGCAGCAGCAGCAGCAGCAAAACGCAGGUCCUCCUCUGGAGCCCGCCAUGAGGCAGCAGCAGCAGCAGCAGCCCGCCAUGCAGCAGCAGCAGCAGCAGCAGCAGCAGCAGCAGCAGCAGCAGCAAGCAAUCCCACCACGGCCGAAAUCAGUGGCGCAGGAACUGCAGCGGUUCCCCUCGCUCAAAACGCCCGCGCAAGCUGCCCAGGUCGCGGCGACUUGGGCGCCGCCCAAGCUGCGCAGUCGGCCCCGGUGGGCGCCUUCGUGGUUGCCUCGCGUGGUCGGCAGCGCGACUGCAGCCGGCGCGUCCCGGGGGGGCGCGGCCGCACCAGACAGUGAGGAGGAGGAGGAGGAGGAAGAUUAUGAUGAUGAUGAGGAGGAGGAGCAGCAGCAGCAGCAGCAGCAGCAGCAGCAGCGCCGCGGCCCGGGGGUGAUGCAGACGGCGCGGAUGGUUGCAAGGGAGGAGGAGCGCCGCGGCCCGGGGUUGAUCCAGACGGCGCGCAAGGUUGCGAGGAAGACCGCGGCCGGCGCGAGCGUGCGGCCGCUGAUGGGGUCCCUGCCUGGGACGCAUCGUGGGGGCGACGCUGGCGCAGCAAGCGGGGGCGGCGCUGGGGGUGACGGAGGGGCAGGAGGCAAGGCGGCACAGCCACAGGUGGGCAGUGGGCUUGCGAAAGGGGGGCCUGCCCUCCUGCGGCCGUCCCUCCUGGCGCUGGCCUUGGGCUGA